ACAUAUGUAUCGUUUAUAAAUACGUAGACUGUAAGCAUCAGGCUAUGAAGUAGAAAGAAUAAAAUUUGGUACUUAAAUGAGACAGCUCUGCAAUGAGUGAGGACAGGUAGUGGCAAUAACUUAGAGAACGAAACACAAGUCAAGGCUGGGUCCCCAGUGUGGAUUAAAGACUGGGUGCUUGGUGAUGUCAAGACUAGAAACACAGGCAGGCCAUUAGGAGUUGAGCCUGGGGCCCUCUGGUUGAGAAGCUCUCUACUAUGAUAGCACCUGCUGCUCUGGAGUGUUCUGGGCCUACGAGGGGAUUCAAAAGCUAUUAGCAGGCGGGAGGCUGUUAAAGCCAUGGGGAUGGGCCUGGAUUCUCUGAGUGAGCUGAGGGAGUGAUCCAGGGAGCUGGCAUCCUGAGAUUCUCCGGAGCAGAAGCAGCAUAAUGGAAAACCAGGCCAUGGAAGCUGAGAAACCGGUCACCCAAGCCAGAGGAAAGUGUGCCUCACGCAGCGUGGUUGUGCGAGGUCGGCAGGCACCGGGUGCUAACUUUGGGAGCUGUGUUCCAGGGAGGAAGGAGUGGUCAACAGACUCCAGUGCUUGAAAGAGCCGAGAUGCCUCGCCAGUUCCCCAAGUUGAACAUGUCCGAUUUGGACGAGCAGGUCCGGCUGUUGGCAGAGAAGGUGUUCGCUAAGGUGCUCCGAGAAGAGGACAGCAAAGAUGUUAUGUCCCUGUUCACUGUCCCCGAGGACUGUCCCAUCGGGCAGAAGGAAGCCAAGGAGAGAGAGCUCCAGAAGGAGCUGGCAGAGCAGAAGUCUGUGGAGACGGCAAAAAGAAAGAAGAGUUUCAAGAUGAUCCGGUCGCAGUCUCUGUCCCUGCAGAUGCCAACACAACAAGACUGGAAGGGCCCUCCAACUGUCAGUCCGGCCGUGUCUCCUGUAACCCCUCUGGUCCCCGGAGCCACUUCCAAGCCUGGGCCAGCACCCUAUGCCAUGCCCGAGUAUCAGCGGGUCACUAUCAGUGGAGAUUACUGUGCGGGGAUCACUGUAGAAGACUAUGAACAGGCUGCCAAGAGUCUGGCCAAGGCCCUGAUGAUCAGGGAGAAGUAUGCACGGCUUGCCUACCACCGUUUCCCACGGACCACAGCCCAGUACCUGGCUCAUCAGGGGGAAAGUGCACCUUUGGAAGAGGGUCUCCCAGACUUCCACCCUCCCCCACUGCCCCAAGAAGACCCUUAUUGCCUGGAUGAUGCGCCCCCCAACCUGGGCUAUCUGGUCCGCAUGCAGGGAGGCAUUCUUUUUGUAUAUGACAACCAGACGAUGCUGGAACGCCAGGAGCCCCACAGCCUGCCCUACCCUGACCUGGAAACCUACAUCGUGGACAUGAGCCAUAUUCUGGCGCUCAUCACCGAUGGCCCCACAAAAACCUAUUGUCAUCGGCGACUGAACUUUCUGGAAUCCAAGUUCAGCCUUCAUGAGAUGUUAAACGAGAUGUCAGAGUUCAAGGAAUUGAAGAGUAACCCCCACAGAGACUUCUAUAAUGUGAGAAAGGUGGACACGCACAUUCACGCAGCGGCCUGCAUGAAUCAGAAGCACUUGCUGCGCUUUAUCAAGCACACGUACCAGACAGAGCCUGACAGAACUGUGGCCGAGAAGCUAGGUCGGAAGAUCACUCUACGGCAGGUGUUCGACAGCCUGCACAUGGACCCCUACGACCUCACCGUGGACUCGCUGGACGUCCAUGCGGGCCGGCAAACGUUCCACCGCUUUGACAAGUUCAACUCCAAGUACAACCCCGUGGGAGCCAGUGAGCUUCGGGACCUGUAUCUGAAGACUGAAAACUUCCUGGGAGGAGAGUACUUUGCUCGGAUGGUCAAGGAGGUGGCCCGGGAACUGGAGGACAGCAAAUACCAAUACUCAGAACCACGACUCUCCAUCUAUGGCCGAAGUCCCCAGGAGUGGUCCAGCCUGGCCCGCUGGUUCAUCCAACACAAGGUCUACUCACCCAACAUGCGCUGGAUCAUCCAGGUGCCCCGGAUCUAUGACAUAUUUAGGUCAAAGAAACUACUGCCCAACUUUGGGAGGAUGCUGGAGAACAUUUUCCUGCCCCUUUUCAAGGCUACCAUCAACCCCCAAGAUCACCGGGAGCUUCACCUCUUCCUCAAAUACGUGACAGGGUUUGACAGCGUGGAUGAUGAGUCCAAGCACAGUGACCACAUGUUCUCAGACAAGAGUCCCAGUCCAGACCUCUGGACCAGUGAGCAGAACCCACCCUACAGUUACUACCUGUACUACAUGUAUGCCAACAUCAUGGUGCUGAACAACCUUCGCAGGGAACGAGGCCUGAGCACGUUCCUAUUCCGGCCUCACUGUGGGGAGGCAGGCUCCAUCACCCACCUAGUGUCCGCCUUCCUGACUGCUGACAACAUUUCCCACGGGCUGCUCCUCAAGAAGAGUCCUGUAUUGCAAUAUCUCUACUACCUUGCUCAGAUCCCUAUUGCCAUGUCUCCUCUCAGCAACAACAGCCUGUUUCUGGAAUAUUCCAAGAACCCGCUUCGGGAAUUCCUGCACAAAGGACUGCAUGUCUCUCUCUCCACCGAUGACCCCAUGCAGUUCCAUUACACCAAGGAAGCACUCAUGGAGGAGUACGCCAUCGCAGCCCAAGUGUGGAAGCUGAGCACAUGUGAUCUGUGUGAGAUCGCCAGGAACAGCGUGCUGCAGAGCGGCCUCUCGCAUCAGGAAAAGCAGAAGUUUUUGGGUCAGAAUUAUUACAAAGAAGGACCGGAGGGCAAUGAUAUCCGCAAGACAAAUGUCGCGCAGAUCCGGAUGGCGUUCCGCUACGAGACCCUGUGCAAUGAGCUCAGCUUCCUGUCCGAUGCCAUGAAGUCCGAGGAGAUCACAGCCCUGACCAAAUAGGCCCAGUGUUCCACACACACUUUCACCUUUUGGUUUAAUUUCAAGUCUGCUGGGGCGAAUGGUGGCCAAGAUCUCAAACGAGGGCUUCUGUCUGUGACAAGGCUGCCUCUGAAGAAAUCUCAAAUUCCUGAUUUGGGUUGCACUUUAUCAACAUGCCCAUUCUGAGCCAGAUGCUGGCCAGCUCUGGUGGGGGAGCUGGGAGCUGGCACUUGUGUCUACUUGUUCCUGAUUUUCCACGUUUCUCUUGGGAUUGCCAGUGCUUUCAUGGUUGGGGCUGGGACUUUGCAAGGCUGAAUACCAAGUGACACACAGUGUCUGCCACACUCCUCUCAGCAGGCCCUGUGGAGUAGUUCCCAUUUCAGCAUCUGAUGGCUGGCUGCCUUAAACCCCCUUCAAAGCCCCCUUUCAUAAAGGGGCUACUUUGAGAGAAAAUGUGAGGCUCCCUUGUUGAUUUGUGCAUUUUAAAAUGCGUUUCUUCACCUGUUUAGCCCCUCCUCCCUACCUCGUUAGGAAGCAUAGUACAUCCACUGAUACCACCCGCUCCUGUUGUGUGUUAAUUUUCCUCAUCCAGGACUCAAUGAGUCAUCUCAAAUCGUGGGCUGUGAAUCCAUUUCAUGGAGCACUCCAGGGCUGGGGAAGACACAGGGUGAGGUUCUGGGGCUGUUAACAUCAUAUUGUCCUCUUAAUGAAGGCCUCUGAAAAGCACAGGGCCUCUGUUCCUUUUGCUUCUAAUAGCCUAUGAUUGCAGCUGUUACCACCUUCCCCCAGGAGUCGGCCCAGGGCAGUGAAACACUCUUAAGGACACACAGGACUAGAACCAGGUCCCUGAUCCAGUCUUUCUCCCUCUCUUUCUUUAGGAUUCACAAAUGUUAGAUUUUUUUUAAAAAUCACUUUAACAUGGUGCAUUUUAUUUUAAAACACAGAUUUCUUCAGAAGCUAUCAAGGUCCCAGGGACCAGGUAGAAAGUUUUUAAGAUCAAUGUGGAGUUAAACUUUAUCAGACUACUCAUCUUUGUUACUAGUGCCUAGAACACAGUAGGUGCUCAAUAAAUGCAUAUGAAAUAACUGACUGACUUUCUCUUUUGGCAUCUGUGUGUGCAGAAUACUCAACAAUGUUCAAAGACCUUCCUAUUCACAAGGUAGAAGUCCUUCUGAAUCACUGCUAGAUGAACCUAAUUUUACCUGGAAGAUGCUUAUUUGAUUGUAGAGUAUCUCAUCCUGUGACUCUGUUGUUCUCCCAGUGGUCACUGCAGCUUAUGGAACCAUGCCAUCCUCUUACUAGGCAAAUCUACUAUCUCACAUGGCUGAUUAUGAAACUGAAUGAAAGCCUGUCAUUAUCUGAGGGAUUAUUUUUGAAAAGCCUCCAUUUGUAUACAUUUGCCCAAACAUAGCAAGUAUUGUACAGAUUUUUCAUUGUAUCAAAUACUUUUCUAAAAAAACUACAAAUAAAGUCUCUUAGGACUGUGA